AGCCACUAAGCUAAACGUUGAUUUCAGAUUAUUAGUGGAGGGAUCGCACAGCAAGCAUGAGAACAACAUUUUUUACAACUAUCUUAUUCGCCCUAUAUGGUUUACUUCGGGCUGGACCAACCUGUAUGCGGUGUACUGAUGUAGCUGAUAUCCAAGAAUGUUUCACAAACGUCGCUAAUUGUGGUGACAAUGAGGAAUGCUAUCUGGAAAAAGUAACACAAGAAGAUCUUAGCAUCAAAUACAACGCCGGAUGUCGUUCAAAACAGGUAUGUGCUAUCAUGGCCGCCUUAAAUGGAGGCGGAAGGAAGAAGCGUGACCUUGUUAAUUGUGCCGAUUGUUGUAGUGAUGCCCCGGAUAAAAGCGGUCCAUGUAACUCCAAACUGUGUGGUCUUGCUGGUGGACAAGUACAGGCCUCAUGUGUUGUCUGUGAAGGCGUUCACAGUGACGUAGCUGCCUGUAGUUCAGCUGCUACUUGUCCUCCUAACGAGGUGUGCUUCACUGGAAUCCGUAUCGUUGGCACAGCCAUCCGAUAUGUCUUUGGUUGCUACGAAGAACGCGUUUGUCAUGCUAUGUUAGAAAAUGACAAUAAAAACCAUACGGCCCAUGGAAGACCUGGAAGAGUUAUUCACGGCGACCAAGGAACACCUAUCUGUGAUUCAUGCUGUAAAGGAGACAGGUGUAAUGCAGCUGAUUGUUUUGAACUCAGGAAAAAUAUGACAAUUGGUGACUUUAGCAAUGGCUCAGUAUCCCCAUCUGGAUCCCCCACUGGUUAAAAAACAAGCAAUGGUUUUUAAUUAAUGUAUAAUGAAUAAAAUUAAUACCUAUGUGUUUUUUUAUAAAA